AUGUCUUCUCCACUCACUGAUCAUCCUCUGUCUCGCCCCGCUUCCUUCCCUUCGCCUACUACAGCCCGCCCGCCCGCUCCCCUUCCCGUUGACACAUACGAGCACAACCCACUCACGCCCACCUCAUCCCUUCCUGCCUCGCUCUCCCGGAACCGAUCCAUCUCGCCACCCGCACGGCCCGCAGCUCUCUUCCCACGCACCUCCCCGCUCUCCUCCCCUCCUCCAGCCCAUGCCUCCUCCUCAUCACCCCUUUCGCGUCCUCCUUUCCUCCCCGCUCCCUCGUCCCCAUCACUCAACAUUGCCAAUGAUCCUCCCCCAGCCGGCGGUCCAGUUGCCCCCCGCAACAUCGUCAUCCUCCUCGAUGGGACGGGGAACAUGUUCUCCAGGCGUAAUUCGAAUGUCAUUAAGACGCUGUCGGUGCUCGAGGCGGAUGAGACGCAGCUGGUCUACUAUUCGAGCGGGGUGGGAACGAUCCUGCCGGAUCAUGCGAGUACGUGGGGGAGUAUGCGGACGGCAGUGGCGCGAGGGAUUGAUACGGCUUUGGCAUGGAACUUUCAAGAGUUCGUCUGCGAUGCUUACAAGUACCUCAUGGACUUCUACCGGGCCGGGGACAAGCUGUAUAUUUUUGGCUUCUCGAGAGGAGCCUACACCGCGAGGGCUUUGGCCGGUAUGAUCCAGAAAGUCGGCCUCCUCGCUCCUGGCAAUUACAACCAGGCCAGGGCGUACGAGGUGUAUACUCGACCGAACGCUGUGGCGUAUCGAGAGGGAAUGAGCGGUGGUGAGGAGCUCAGCGUGAUCUACCGGCAGAUCUUCGGAAUCAGCCGUACGGUCCGCAUCGAGUUUCUGGGCGUCUGGGAUACAGUCUCCAGUCUGGGCGGUAUCACCUUACCUCGCCUUCCCUACGCCAGUAACGUCAAGUCCGUCAAGUUCUUCCGCCACGCCCUGGCGCUGGACGAGCGCCGCGCCCGCUUUGCCCCCGAGUACCGCCGCUUCCACGCGGACGAGUCUUGCGUCGACCCCAGCGCUUGCCUGGUCACCCUCCGGAAUGCGUGGUCCGCGCACAACAUUCUCCAUUCGCCCAAUGCCAGCGUUUCGGACAAGGUCGACGCCAAGAAGCAGCUCGACGAGAUGCUCGACCAAAAGUAUCCCGAGAUCGCGCGGACAAGGGUGGUGAUGGAUGAUGGGACCACGUCGGUACGGUACCUAAGAAAGAAUGUCGAAGCGUGGUUUAUGGGGGCGCAUAGUGAUGUAGGAGGCGGAAAUGAUCUCAACGGGGAGAGUAGCUUGUCGAAUAUCCCAUUCAGGUGGAUGCUGCGCGAAGCGGUCCAGUGCGGUCUCAAGCUGGAAGCUGUAGGCAUCUGCCUCCAGCCCGCCAUAUACCUCCACCCCGCCGUCGUCGAAGCUGGUCAUAUCCCCGCGGAACUCAUCCAGAUCCUCCGAGAAGAGCUGCGAGGCGAGACUGUCGAGUUCGAGACGGAGAAGAAGGUCAGGUCACUCGUCGAUCAGCACCUCCCGCAUAGUCGGCUGGUGGAGAUCCUGGAGCUUGCGGCGGGGUACGAUGCGGGCGUAUCUCCGCAGGAAAUCCUAAGCGACGCGGAGAGACGAAAAGAGGCGGAGAGUGGGGGUACGCAGGCGCAGGAGGGCCAGGCCGCGCACGAGCAAGACCAUGUGGACGAUAUGGAUCCGAGAGGGUUGCCGAUCGGUCCGGAUGGGGUUAUGCUGGGGACGGAGAGUCUGAGGGGGCCGUGGUGGUUGCUCGAGGGGGCAAUACUGCAGACGAGAAAGUUUGAGGGGUCGAACGAUGGUGGGAAAGACGUCUGGCGAGCGAAUCUAGGCAGACCGCGUCAGAUGGCAGUAGGCCAAUACAUCCAUCGUUCGGUCCAGAAACGCCUGCGCUUCGAGCACCCUCUCGACGAAGAACAAGAAGAGAAGACGGUAGUCAAGUGGUGGAAGCGGAUGACGAUCAAGGUGAAGCAGCGGAUGAAGGGGGACACGGUACCGGUACCUGUCGAGGAGGGAAAGCAGGGAGGAACGGGGUACGAAGGACCCAAAGCGCUCCUUCCGACGGAGUGGGGGAUGACAUGGGACGAUCUGCGUCGGGGGAGGGGCGGCGUGGUGUGGGAGGAGUAG